AUGAACUUAAAAGAAUAAGAAUCAAUUAAUGAUUAUUUUAAAGAUGAUUCAAAAUUUAUAGGGGAAUUUUAAAUGACUGAUUAUAAGGUUAUGCGUGGAUAUAUUGGUGGGUAUGGAGAUGAAUUAAGACUCUAUUACACUAAAUUUGAUCCACCAAAUAAAAAAGCUUCAUUAUGCAUUGUUCAUGGCUUUGGAGAACAUUAAGGAAGAUUUUUACAUGUCUAUAAAAUAUAUAUAUAAUUAGAUUGCUGAUAUAUUUGCAAAAUUAAAUUACUCUGUUCAUUUAAUAGAUCUAAGAGGAUUUGGAUAUUCUGGUGGUCCAAGAGGAUCAUAAACUUUAAAAGAAUUACAUAUGGAUAUUGAAGUUUUGUUAAGAUAAGUAUCAAAAGAUCUUCCACUUUUUCUUUAUGGACAUGCUAUGGGUGGAUUACUAAUUAUUAGCUUUUUAAUGAGAAAUCCUUCAUUAAAAGUAAGAGGAAUUAUCACAACCGCUCCUAUGCUAGGUUUUCCUAUGGAUCGAAAAUUAAAAGGAAUCAAAUAUAUUGCUGUAAAAUAUUUCGGACAUUACAUGGAAGUAUUAAUUAUUCAAAGCUUUUAAUAGGAUUUAGUAAUUAAUACAAAACUUAAUAUUACUGGAAUGAGUAAGAAUGAUCAGCAUAUUCAAAGAUGUUUUGAAGAUAAGUUAAUGAUGCCCUUAUUAGGUAUUGGAAUGGCUAAAAGUAUACUCGAAACUUUAAAUUAUAUGGACUCAAAAAUUUAGACUUUCAGGUAUCCCAUAAUAAUAUUACAUGGUAAACAGGAUGCUGUUUCAAGUUAUCAUGAAAGUGUAAGAUUUUAUGAAAAAUGUGGUAGUCAUGAUAAAACUAUCAAAUUAUUUGAAAAUGGUUAUCAUGAAUUAUAACAUGAUUUUGAAUUUGUUGAAAUGAAACAAAUCAUUCUUGAAUGGUGUUCUAUACGAAUACAAAAAGCUGAACCUUUUGGUAUUCUAUUAUCAAUAUUUAGGAAUCUUAUUGUAAUCAAGACUCAAUUAUGGCAUUCCUUAGGGAAAGAAUAAUAAUAUCAAGAUUUUGCUUGGUUUCUUGUUUGUUUUACUUUAUUUAUUUGUUAUUCUUAAAUUUAAGAGAGGAUUCAAUAAAUAUUAAUAUCCAAUUAUUCCAUUGAUGAUUAUAUAUAGAUAUUAUAAUAAAAAAUUAUGAAAAAUUUUAGAAGAAACAAUUAUCAAUCUAAUAGACCUUUUAGAAACAAUAGAAGACCUAGAUAAAAUUUCUAAAGAAAAUUCAGCAGAGAUGAUAAUGAUCGUAACAAUAAUAAUCAAUGUAAAUAAUCUUUUAUAAACUAUACAUAAUCUAGCUGAUAGAAGACCCUUCAAAAGAAGUUUUAGAUUCAAAAAGUCUGGAAAAUUUGAAGGAUUUAGAACUGGAUAAAGAAGAUUUAGGAAGUUGUCUGAAAAUAGAGGUGAAAAUUUAGAAAAUCAAUUGGAUAAAUAAUUAGAAUAAUAUAAGAGCGGGUAAUAAGUAGUAGGAAAUAGUGGUAUCAGUUGUGAUUUAUUAAAAGCAUCAUCUAAAUUAGACAAUGCUUUAGAUACAUAUUUUUCAAGAAAGGGAUCAAACACUAAAGAAAAUAACUUAGAUAGAGAAUUAGCAGGCUAUUGGAAAAAAAAUAAUUGAUAAAUGUUAAAAUAUUCAAUAUAAUCAAAGAUAUAUAACACAAGAAC